AUGCCCAAAUCUCCUCGCAAGCGAGGCCACUUCACAGCUUCAUAUGUAUACGACGCGCCCAAUAACGAGAACGAUCAACGGGAUUUCCGGAGACGGCGCCAGGGCACGGGGUCUACAAGUUCAAUCGAAACCGUUCGCGCCCACCCAUCAUCAUCCAAACCCAAACCGCUCUCUGAACAACCCGCCAACGGCCAACAGCGACAAGACGCCGAAUCAAACACUUCGCAUAAAUCUGACUAUUCCAGUGGCAUUUUGACUUCGAAGGCUAUUGCUUCCCUGAAACAGCCAUUACACACCCUUACAAAGCUCCCGACAAGGAUACCCAUUAAACCUAAAUCCGAACGGGGAAACACCACUGUCAGAAAGUUGGAGCCGCCUCCACCAUCAACAGCGACGCCUAUAUUGCCGAAACCUUCAACUGGGAAGGAGCCACCGACUUUUUUCGAGGAUGCUGAGGGCGUGAAGCUUGACGUGAACCCCCUUCCUUCAAUCCCCAACCCCACGAAAACACCCCAUGACGAAGCAGACUCAGCAGUUACCAACGAAGUACCAAAGAUCACUGCGACAACAUCCAAUCUUAGACCGCCUUCCGAAGUCUUCAAGCGUGCUGGCGACUCCUUCCUGUUUCCCACUUAUCCCGCGAAAUCCUCCAUUUCCGUCUCUGGCCCGGAUCCGCCUGCCCUGACUCGCACUCUCAAGAGAGCGAAGAAAGUAUUUCCAAUGGAUUCAGAUAGCAUGUCACCUCCGUCACAAACCCAGCUUCCGAGGAAAGACGAAUACGGGUGCUACCACCUCGGUGCAUCUGGAUGCCAGCUCUUCGUCUCAUUCCCCCACACUCCCCAUUACGAAGUCUGGGACAUGCCCGACGACGGUGUUGCUCCAUGUCCCGCUGAGCUAUACAUUAUGACUCGGGACUACCAGCAGUGGGAUAGCGUCCCGUUAGCCAUCCCCGAUGUUGCCCUCAUGCAUAUCGAAUGUCGGACGAAAGCCACCUCGUCGCGGUACUCCGAACAUUCUCGUGACCAGGACCAUUGGCGUGUUGUGUUCGACGGUUCGGAGAUGCCCUCCACGAAAGGAUCUACGCCUGCGAAUAUCCCGGCCGACAGUAUCUCCGUCGAGUACAAGUGGGAUAGGAUAUACUCUAUGCCUACGGUCGGGAAAGGGUGCAAAGGUAAUUUCGCUUCCUCUUCGUCGUCCUCGACUGCAUCCACGCCUCCCACGAUUCCCAUGACCCUCUCCCCAUCAAAGCUCCUCCCCACCUUCUUCUACACACCUCCCUCCACAGCAGCGCCCGGGCGGGGCUGGGUGAUGCGGUUCUGGAUCCCAGUCCCGCUUCAUCUCUUUCUCAAGAAAGAGACGCGCGUGUUCGAGAUUUCGGCCAAGGUUUGGCUGGCUCCCAACUCCCCAAAACCCAAGAGGGCGUUGUCCAAGUUUAGUCCGCCCUCUGUUUCGACGGAGCUGGGUGAUAUCGAUGCGGAUUUUAUUGAGGCUUCGACGGAGAUGACGGUGUCGCAUCUGCGGAAGGAGAGGGAGAUGGUUUCUUGGCUUUGA